AUGAUCUCUGAUAUGGAUAAAAUCAUUGUGACACUGGCAAUUGGAGAAUUUCUUAUUGGGAUGUUGGAGAAUGGGUUCAUUGGACUGGUAAACUGUUCUGAAUGGGUCAAGAACCAAGAGAUCUCCUUAGUUGAUUUUAUCCUCACCUGCUUGGCUAUCUCCAGAAUUCUUCAGCAGUUAGUGUUAUUGUUUGACACAUUUAUACUAGUCGUAUAUCCCUAUAUUCUUGCCAGUUACAGACUUGGAAAAAUUUUUAGCUCACUUUGGAGAAUGAUGAAUCACUUAACUACCUGGCUUUCCACAUGCGUAAGCAUUAUAUACUUCCUUAAGAUAGCCCACUUUUCCCAUUCUCUUUUCCUCUGGUUCAAGUGGAGAACAAACAGGGUGAUUCUCAUGGUUUUUAUAUGUUCUUUGUCAUUACUGACUUUUGAUUUUCUGUUGCUAGAAACAUUCAAUGAUUUCUGGUUGAAUGUCUAUAUGGUAGACAGAAGUAAUUUUACUUUCUAUUCAGGUAAAACUAAACUGUUCUAUGUUAAAAGCCUAAUUCUUCUGACCUUGACCUAUUUUGUCCCCACUGUUCUGUCUUUGAUCUCAUUGCUUCUUUUAUUUCUAUCUUUGUUGAGACACACCAAGAAUCUGCAGCUCAAUGCUAUGGGCUCUAGUGAUCUCUGCACAGAGGCUCAUAAAAGAGCCAUGAAAAUGGUGCUUUCUUUCCUUCUCUUCAUUACAAUUCACUCUGUCUUCACACAAAUAGGAAACUGGAUGUUCUUUGAGCUCCAGGACCACAUAAUUGUUAAGCUCACUCUGUUGGCAUUAUCCUUCUUUCCCACAGGCCACUCAUUUAUUCUGAUUCUAGGAAACAGUAAACUUAGACAGACAGCCUUGAGGUUACUGUGCAUCCUUAAACCACCUGAAAAAAGCUUAUAUAUUAGCUUCAUAGACAGACUUUCUGGAAUCCUUCCUAAGAGAUUAAUGAAGAAGAUUUGA